CUGGCAGGGUGGUGUCUCGGUGACGUCAUGACCACGCCACAGCACACACGUCGCUGUGCACUGGCCUUUCCGCAGGCGAUGCGUUCCGCGCGAAGUCGUCCUCCGUGGCCGAUCAGCAAGCCACCGUGGAGGGCCUGCUGCGACGGCUCGUUCCCCAGUGGGAGUCCCAAAUCACGUUGCACGUCUUCCAGGGAGCCAAGGAACAGCGACAGGACAUGUUCGUGGUGGAGACGUUCAACAACAGCGUGUCCAUAACGGGAUCGAGCGGCGUAGCGGUGGCCACAGGUCUUUACUACUACCUGAAGAAGUUCUGCAAUGUUCACGUGUCCUGGUCGGGCACGCAGACAGACUGCCUCGGGAAACCGCCUCUGGUUCCGAAGCCAAUCGUGGUCAAGCUCAACGGAAGGUUCCGCUACUAUCAGAAUGUUUGCACGGCCAGUUACUCCAUGGUCUGGUGGAACUGGACACGCUGGGAGCAGGAAAUCGACUGGAUGGCGCUGAAUGGCAUCAAUCUGCCGCUGGCCUUCACGGGGCAGGAAGAGAUCUGGAAGAGGACAUUCUUGAAACUUGGUCUAAAGCAGGCCGAGAUCGAUGGAUUCUUUUCUGGCCCAGCAUUCUUGGCGUGGCAAAGGAUGGGAAACUUCCGCGGUUUUGGCGGUCCACUUCCGGAAUCGUGGCAUGUGCAACAGGUGGCGCUGCAGCACCGCAUACUGCGAAGGAUGCGGGACUUCGGCAUGACACCCGUGCUGCCAGCGUUUGCUGGACACGUUCCACGAGCAGUGGAAAAGCUCCAUGGUCCGUUCCUUGCCUGGAAAGCAAAUGACUCCACUAUGGUCGGGACCGGCUUGACACCAGAAGGUAUCAAUCAGAAUGAUGUGAUGUUUGAGUUCAUGAAUGAGAAUGCCUGGAGAUCGUCGCCCGUCAAUGUCAGUGAAUGGAUAGAAAACUAUGCAUUAAGAAGGUAUGGCAAGGAGAACGCCAACGCCACUUCUGCAUGGAGACGCCUUGCGGAAAGCGUUUAUGACUUGAAUCCAGCCACUCUUUUAAAGGAUCAUGGCCAGUACACACUUGUGGUGCGACCGUCACUUCACCUCAAGAAUAAGACUUGGUAUGAUCCAGCUGAUGUUUAUGCAGCGUGGAGAGAUCUCCUGAACGCUGCCACGGAUUCCGAAAUUGCAGCACAAGAAACGUUUAGGUACGAUCUUGUUGAUGUGACACGCCAGUCUCUCCAGCUGCUUAUUGACAACAUUUACGUGGAAAUUAGGAACUGCUUUUGGAAGAAAACGAAGAGCGCUUUUGGGAGGCUAGCUGUGCUCAUGACAGAGCUGUUUAACGACCUCGAAACCUUGCUGGCGUCUGAUCCGCACUUCCUUCUUGGAACGUGGCUACGUGAUGCACGAAGUUGGGGAAUGACAGAACAGGAAUCCGAUAUAUACGAGUACAACGCACGUAACCAGAUCACACUUUGGGGCCCGAAAGGCGAGAUCCUAGACUAUGCUGCCAAGCAGUGGUCAGGGCUUGUGCAAAGUUACUACAUGCCACGAUGGGAGCUGUUCCUGAAAUCUCUGUGGCAGAGUCUUGAAGAGCAGCGUCCUUUCAACGAUACGCUGUUUGAAGAGCAGGUUUUCAAGCGUGUUGAAGAGCCAUUCACGUUGAGGCAAGGAGCAUACCCCACAUGGCCGCAAGGUGAAUCCAUCGCCAUCAGUAAAACGCUGCACAGGAAGUACGGGCCCAUGCUGUUUUGAAAUCAUCCAGGAGAAAAAGAGCCAUCGUGCGCCUCAGUUAACGACCAACUGCAACAAAAAUCUGAUCCGUGCAUAAAUUAAGCCUUGUUUCUGGGUUACUCUAUAGAAAACAUACCUUCGGACCAGGUUUUACGCUCGUCACUCAGUAUGUCACGGAAAGCUCGCAAAAAUUGUCAUUUUUAAUACAGAAGCGCAAAGUCGCCGCCAUCACCGCUCACCGGAAAUGAAUGAUGCAGAACCCAAAACGUCAGUAUACCGAAGCCCGUCCAGGCGCAACAACGAGAUCAGCACGCAUGCGCGGUCCUCGGAUCUGCACCAUAUCCGCUUGCUGCCAGGUAAUGUUGUCGUCUGCUAAUAGACCUAUUUCUAAGCUCCCGAGAAGUUGGGAGGGUACCAGCCUGGCGGCUUUGCCAAGGGAACCUACAAUUGCAUAUACACUACUCGCAUAUAACCAAUCCAGCAAAUCUCAAAUUUCGUUGCAGUUGGGUCUUUAACACCACGUGAUCACCUCCCUAUAGUACAAGUAAUCUUGAUUUGAUUUCGUGCGCGGUAUGCACCGCCGGUAUGCAAGUGAAAGACUGCAUUUGCGAAGUCGCAUUUCAAACGUUUUCAGAUAAGUGUGCCAUCGAGAGCAACCAAUGUCAGCAUCGGUGCUGACAUUGGGUUAACCGAGUUCUGCUCUUCACAAAUCAAAAAAAGACUCUGCCAUCGCAUUUCGCAAGUUUGCUCUUCUAUCUUUAUCUUCUCUGUCUAUUAGCGUGUAAAGUGCAGUGUAAUAAACUGAAAAGUGAACUGUAAUAAACUUCUCAAAUUUAACUUUAUCAGGUG